AUGGUCAGAGCGUACAAAAAGAGGCUAUGCGGGUUCCCGAGCUGUCUAACGCAAGCGAACUACGGCGCGAAUGGCAGCAAAAAGGCCCAAUUCUGUGCCCGACACGCAGACGAUGGGAUGGUAAAUGUAACCGCGAAGAAAUGCGCUCAACCAGGUUGUACAAAGCACCCAUCUUACGGCAUCGAUGGGUCCAAAACCUCGAUAUUCUGUGCUCCACACGCUCCGAAAGGAAUGGUGAGCAUCGCGGGCCAAAAGAAGCUAUGUGGUCACCCAGGUUGCACCACCCAGGCAAAUUAUGGUAUAGAUGGAAGCAAGAAGGCAUUGUUUUGCGCUCGACACGCGGGUGCCGACAUGUUCAACGUCUUGAGCAGACGAUGCUCUCACCAAGGUUGCGAGAAGUACCCAACCUAUGGCUCCGCGGGGACCAUCCGCCCGAUAGUCUGCGCGGAACACGCAGAGAGUUCCAUGGUCAUUGUGUGCCUAAAACGGUGCGGACACCCAGGUUGCGUCAAGUACCCGAUCUUUGCGACUCCAGGAAAAAGGGCCGAAUUUUGUGCGGGGCAUGCCAGGCAGGGCAUGAUCGACGUCCGCCUUCGUAGAAAGCGAACCCGCGUCAACGACAGCAGCGGUGGUCAUGGUCAUACGCCUCAAGAUAUUCCUACCAAGCAGGAGGAGGAGGAGGAGGAGGGACAGGAGGACGCGAGCCCGCGGGGCGAAAGUAUUUCGCUCGGGUGGGUCGAGGAUGAGAAUUGCCCCAAAGCAGUCGGUGCUGCCGUGGACCCUUCCGCCGCCGAGGGAACAACUGCUAAUGGGGUGUCAGAGCGGCCUUUUUUGGGCUUCAGCAGGAAGAGGGCGAGAGUAUAG